GAUACCACGAAUUUAGUGCAAAUGGGAAAAUGAAAAGUGUCGUGGCGUUGUGUUUUGUUCGGGAACACACCUUCAGUAUCGUUAAUAUUUUCAAGAUUAAAGACGUCUUAUAUUAAAAUUGCAACAUCUAAUAUUAAUAAGUAAAACGUUGGCAAAUGCGAAUUUAAAAUUUAUUAAGUUAUUUGGAAUCGAUUACAUUAGCUGAAAGAAUGUAUAUUAAAGUCACUCAAAGUAAGCUGAACAUUACAUCAUCAAAACUAUUAUUCGGAUUUAAUCGCCUGGCCGGCAACACUACAAGACGAGCUUUAAUCCCAGCUAAAAGUUAUUUGGUCCAGUGGUUAUGUCACAUAACAAGCUCAUUAGAUAGCUUUGUAAAAAUAUUUGCGUGAAUGUCACGUGACAAACAUUUUCAGAUACAUUAUUACAAAUAAUAAAUUAAUGUUAGUGCUGAAAACAUAUGCUAUGAGGAAAAGAAUGAUAUUAUCUUCGACUGUGAAUGUGUUUGAGUCACCCUGCGAACAUACGACUAAAAAUCUUAAAUUAAAUGAUCAAACAAGUUCAGAGUCUAAAAUAGCUUUUGUCAGCGCCACUGAACGUAGUAGCGGACGACGAGACAUCGAAUGCAGCUAUGCUCGCUACAAUAAAAACAAAAGGAAAGUUUAUGAACAUUGCAAUUUUUGCUAUGAUAACUCAAGGCUUCAGGCUGACUCUUUCUUCCCGAUAAUUCGAUUAAAAUUGCCCAAAAAUCAUCUAAUUAAUGGGACAUGGCAGGAAUCAAUUCAACCCGAAAUUGCAACCAACAGCUCACAUAUAACACAAAAUCCACGUUGCUGUCCACAACAUACAGAAACUGAUGUUCAUUCCGGUAUUGUUGAGCUGGUAGAUCAUGAUAACACUUGUAUUAUCAAAUCGAGACUAUUUUUGCCAGAUUUUCAAAGUUUGAAAUUCUCAAAUGAAUUUACUUCAGUAUAUAAUGAAGCAAUAAGCACAAAUUGGAGAUAUGAUUAUAAUAGCAAUAUCAAUAGGUUCCAUGUAUUAGACGAAAAUGCUAAUGCAAACAAAAACAAACAAACUUGUGCCAAUGAUGUGUCUUCUGGUGGUUUACAUCAAAUCUGUUGUGUUUCGUUAGUUUCUGGAAAAGCCGAAGUCAGCAGCGGUAAAACAAACGAAAUUAACAGUAAAAAUUUAAGAAAAAUACGAACUGGUGUAGCAGGUGCGAAUGGAAUACUUAACAGCAAUACUAUUCAUUAUAUACUGUUGAUAUUAUUAUCACUGUCACAAGUUCGUUGGACGCAUGCUCUACUAUUAGUUGAAUCGAAAUAUGUGAACCCUACUGAUGACGAUUACGUAGCUGAUAGUAGCAAUAAUAAUCCAUAUAUGAACGCUAGCAUUCCUGGCGAAAGCAGUAAUCGGAUUAGAGUAAAGCAUGGAAUGGCCGUUGGAGGAGUUAUUGGUGGUAUUUCGGCAUUGGGCGCCAGUGGUUAUAUGGAUAAAAUGAAAAUGAACAAUUUGGAAAGGAGCGUUGCUGCAGUGUUAAAAAAAGUUGCCUACGGUACAACGUCAACUACAAAGCGCAGCAUUCCUGACAAAAGUUACUUGCCACGUUUAACAACGAUUGCCACACCAUUGUUGACGACUUUACGGUAUACCGAAAAGUCAUCGCAGCAACAACAAAUAAAUCAUCAUCAUAGAAACUAUGAGUUGGAUUUGGAACGUGACCAUGCAUUACCCACUUCGGCGCCCAAUGCGGACAUAUUGAAAAGUAACAGUAAUCCAACUUAUCCUAAUCCGAAUAGGCAUCACAACCAUGAACGUGAGCGCCAUAGACAUGUGAUGAACUCUACUCCUUCGCCCUCAAUACCGAACAUCCCAAAGAAAAAUAAUGGUCAGUUACCCUCCAUACCAAUGUAUCCAGGCGAUAUGCCGUCUUAUUCUCCGCCAGCACGUUCAUUUUUUACUCCGCCAUUGCCACCGGAAUAUCAGAAUCCUUUUGCUGAUAAACCAACGCUACGUGGUACUAACAACGAAGGAAUUAUACCUAAUACAGGGACUUAUAUAAAUAGACGUCCUAUACCACCCCCAAGUUUAAUGCCUGGUCAUGAACGUAUACCAUUUCGUCCACCCGAUUUAGCGGCAUCUACUGGGAACAAUUCACCGGACGUAUCUGUAGAUCUUGUGCAAACUGGUAAUAGCAGUGGUACUACCAUACCUCUUGACACGAAUGCAGAUGCAGAUCGCAAGAAAGCACUGAAUACGCCAUCUCGUGGGAGCGCUGUUAAUAAUAAUGCAAAUGUUGACAAUAUUAAUGUUGGCGGUGUUAUACAUACAAUGACAAGUGAUGCAACCAAAAACUUUUAUGAUAGUUCUAAUUCACAAGAGUUGCCAUUGCAAAAUAACAAUUCCGAGCGACUGCACGGUAACCGUCAAGAAGUUUUGCCAAGUAUACGACGAAUUUUAAGUGGUGCUAAUGGUAAAGGGGAUAUUCCAGAAGUACUAUUAAAACAAGCCACAUCUCGCCCGAUUGUUAACUACAAUCAACCGCCAUCUUCACCGGGUGUUCUUUUGGAUGGUAGUAAUGUAGCGCAACAUCUUGAUAGUGUUGAAGAAAGUGGAAUAUCGAGUAGCUCAAACAUCAACGAAAGCAAGAAUAGUCCAACAUUGAACAGAGAUACGGAGAUAUAUGAUUCGCCAAAAGUGGAAUCUAGCGAGCAUAAAUAUUCUUUCAAGACCAACGCGUUCAAUGAGAAACCAUAUGGUGGAAUCAUUGGUAGUAGUAAUGGCAACAGAAAUGGUAGCACUUCCACCCCUUCAACAGCGGCAGCUAUUGGUGGACAACUUGGUGUGAAUACUGCAGCUGCCACUUCUACAACAUCGACGAUCAUUAGCGGGACGGUUGGAAAGUAUCCGACAUUGUCAGCAACAAUUGGUAGCAGUAAAAGUGCCAGUGAUCCGGUAUCCUCGUCAACAGCGGCUGCUGCCUCACCUCACUUCACGUGGGCGGUCGCAUGGAAUAUUCAUGUCUAUUUUUCCGUUGUACUAUUCACCAUUUUGGCAGUUUACUCCUUAUACAAAGUGCUUACUUACAAUAAGUUGACGCAUCUUUUUUCACAGUCGUAUUUUAUGUGUAUCAAUCUGGUUUUGAUAGUUAUUUGUUCUGCUCGUAUUUUCUAUCUAUGCUAUGAUGCUUAUAAUAUUCAUGCUACGUUCAACUUAUUCAUUUCCGAAUUAUUGUUAAAUUUGCCUGCCACGUUGUUGACCAUUUCAUUUUCAGUUCUGAUCUUGUAUCUCUUUUUGAAAGCUUUGAACCAUAAAAAUAACCGUUAUUCUGCCCUUAUACGGCCGCUUACGGUUGUGGUUGGUUGUGGCGUACAUGUCCUACUCUGCAUUACACUACAUUAUGUAGAAUCAUAUACACUGCAGAACCAACAGCAACAACAUCUAUUAUAUCAACAACAGCAACAACAGCUACAUUAUAGACGGCAGCAACAACUUUUGCAUCAACAUCAUUAUCAACACCAGCAGCAACAAUUUAUUUCGGCAGCUACAACACAUUUGUUGGUAUCCGCAGCUGGGUUUAAUAGCCAUUCGGCUCUCUUUCUUCAAUCAGCUGCAGCACCAACAUCCAACACAUCGAUAGGCAACACAUCAGCGCCAAAAGUUCUUUCGCUCAUAUGUCAAAUUAUAUAUAUAUUUGUGUGUCUAUUUCUUGGUCUGCUGUACCUCUAUUUGUAUCGUAUUUUGAAGCGAAUACUCCGUAGUAAAUCUCAAAAUUAUAUACAUGGCUAUCAGAAUCUUUCUUAUGCUAUACAUAUCACCAUAGCGACAGCUUUGUUAUUUGUUUUGUUGGCUGCCUUACAAAUAUUUGGCGCCAUUAGUAUAUCUACAACUCGACCAUUAAUACAGCAGCUAAUAGCUGAGAUCGAUUGGUUGCAGUGGGGUUACCAGUUUUCUUUGCGAUUGAUUGAAAUUGCUAUAAUAACUUUACUUUCUUGGGUCGCCGGUUUGAAAACUAGUGCCGGCAGUGGUGGAGUGGGUGUAAGCGUUAAUGCAUCGGCUAACGUGGAUGCUCGCUAUGGGGUAGCCGGAGAAAAUGGUGGUGGUAAUGUCGUUUUUGGAAGUGGAACAGCUAAUCAUAAUCGCGAGAAACAUGGUCACCACCACUUCCAUCACAAUCAUUCUAAUAUGGCAGGUUUUUUUCUGCCAUGUACAUCCAGCUCGAGUCAAGAGCAGAUAGAUACUGACUACCCAGCAGUUUGUAACGCAAAUACAAAUCUUCACACUUACACAAUGCGUACAGGCAAAUUAAUAUAUGACGAUAGCUUUGCGUUGAACUCUUUGUCAGGGAAUGGGCAGUCCCAAUUGAACGGUGUUGGUAAUAGUGCUAUUCCAGCUGGCAAUCGAAAUGUAAGUGAAUUUCAGUUACAGACUCAACCGACAUAUCAGAGACCAUAUGACUCGGGGUCUAUUAACAGCGCAAUUGUCGACGAAUAUGGAACGCAGAGUACGUUAGCUGGCGGAGGUGGUGGUGCAUGUGGGCGCUAUAGCCAUGAGGUGCCACAGUAUACUGAUUAUUUGACGGAUGUCACUACUGAUCAUUAUGAAAACCCAAACUUUGAUUUGUGUGGUUCUGUAAGCAAUUCAGGAUUUGGAGUAUCUUCAGCAACCCCUAGUGGAGUACAAAAAUUUACCAAAACUUCAACCACUUCCACAACAGCAAGUAGUAGUGGAGGUUCAGGCUCUUCCGCAACCUCGCAGCAGCACAUGUUGCUUCUGCAGAGUGAUAGUUGCUAUUCGGAACCUUUACAACCUGCUCACACAUCCAGUUACGAAUUCAAUAAUUUCGAAAGACCACAUUUGGGAAAAGCCGGCGCUGGACCAUCUUCAGAUUGUUGGUCCGAUCUCCACACAGGGCAACCACUAUCGCGUAUUAUCGAUAAUUAUAAAAGUAAACGUGAAAAGAAAAUGCAUACUACUUCAGAUCGUGAUGCUUAUGAUAAUCCUGAGCGGCGUAGUUCAAACUCCACACAUUCUUGUGCCUCUAGCCGCUAUGGUGGUUACAACUCUUUUGAUCGUGGCUUAUACAACGGUAUUCGCAAAAGUGGUACGCUGAACAAUAUUGUUGGUAAUGGGAAUGGAGGUGGUCAUAUGUCUGGGAUAGGUAUUAUGCAUGGUCGAAAUUCAUCCUCUUCAUCAGCGGCGUCUUCGAAUACAUCAGCUCAGCGUGCAUCAGGGGCACAAACGACAGCUCUGUCAUCUGAAAAACAUCUUCAGCAGCGCAAUGGUCGAGGAAAUAUUGCAGGUGUGGUACGUGAUCCUAAUCAAGAUGGCGAAAACGAACAGUUAUUUAGUCGUUCGUCUCUAGAUCGUAACAGCACUCACCCGCAACACCAAUGUCAAAAUCCUGAUGAUACAAUGUUACCAGGUAGUAAUGUAGAGCGCUCUAAUUUAAUCGAUAAUGUAGAUGGUUCUUGUAUUACAAAAAGUAACAGCACAAUAUCCUUUUGCGGUGGGCAUAGCCAAUUGAAUGAUACCAACGUAGGAAAUAGUAAAGCAAGUAGUCUAUCAUUCGUCCAAAGUAAUCAGAAAAAUAACACACAUUCCAACCAAUUCAUGUUGCAAAAAAGCUAUCACAACCAUCAGCAACAACUCCCUGUUGCAGCAAACACUACGAAGCAACAGAAGAGACAGGAAGUUUCACUAUCCACUGCAAAUUCUAAUUUGAGUUCAUCUGAGUCAGGUGCACAUAAUUCUGGGACUUCUAAUACAUCCGUCACAUCGUCGACUGCCUCCGAAAGCUCAAGUAGCCGCAGUAACGACUCGGCUAUGCUUGUUGCUGAACGCGGAUUCGUACGCUUUCGCGCUAUUGACGACAUAAACAAUGCACAAGGCGUAGGUAUACAUAAUGCAUCACUACGCAAUUAAGGCCGUCACUUUCUCUAUUACCAUCACGUACUUAGAGAGAAAUAUUUAUGAUAUUGCCCUAAACCCAAUGUUUUUAAAUUAAAAUUUAAGCAAUAAAUAGUUGAUAGCUGUGAGUAUUUUCUUUAUCUCUAUGUCUUUGAUACACAAUAGAGCAGACAUUUAUCGAAAUUCAGCAUUGUUUUAAUGUAGAUGUAGUGGUUGCGUAAUAACUAUUCUCGUAGCCUCAUAACCUCGUUAUUAUUUUUGAAGUUUUGUUAUAAUAUAUUUCACAGUGACAAAACGCUUUUGUGAUACCUACUUAUAAAAAUGAUAAUUGACUACGUGACUAUGGAAAUCUCAAGGUAGCUAAUUAAUAAUAAAUUUUAUUUGAUUAGUUUAUAAUUAUGUAUUACAUUUCUGAAUUUUAAUUACUACUAUUACUAUUAUGUAUAACAAUAUAAACAAACAAUAUUAUCUAUUUUAAAAUUGCCUAAUUUAGAAAACGAAGUAUUUUAAAUAAACCGUGUAUUCAAUAUUAUUUACAUUUAUUACGAUUUUCGAAAACCGAUUUACAUAAUUGCAAAAUGUAUAUUUAACGAAAAUACAAACAAAAUGGUUUACUGUAUAUACAUAUGUAUUUUGUUUACUAAACAAUAUAAAACAAAAAGUUACACAUUUCUCUGAGAAUCGAUUGCACGGUUUGUACUAAAAUAAGUAAUACAUUAUAUGUAAAUUAUGUUUGGCAUUAUAUUAGAUUGGCUGUCAUAUAUGUAUAUGUUUCCCUAAACAAAAUACACACGAAAAUGUAAUUUGCGCAAAACAACUGAUUGAAGGAAAAUGAAAAGAAUGCCUAUCAAUUUACUGACAUUCACGAAAGUUAAGGUUUGAUAGCCGAAACAGCCAAAAACGUAGACCCGUGGCCCGUGUCAGCUGAUACAACCUAUCUUACGGGCGCGCAAUGUAAGUGAACAGCGAAAAACGCUACUCCUCUCUUUGCCGUAGAAAUCCACGGCAUUUGGAUUUUUGCCGUAGAAACGUGUCAGCUGAUUGCUCUCUCACCACGGCAGGGUUGCCAAUCUAGAUAUACUGUAGUAAUUAUAAAUAAAAGUUGCCUUCAAUAUGUUUGAAAUUUUCUUAAACUAACGCAAAAUCAGAGUCGAAUGCUAUUAUUUAUAAAUAUAUAAACUAUUUUUUAAUAGUUUGUUAUCAGAUUUGAUAUUUUAUAUUAUGAAAAAUUGUAAUUUAAAAGUUAGAUGUGUACAAAACUAUAUAUGCGUAUUGAGCAAUGGCAACAUUGUUCAAAUGAAAACAAACAAAGAUGGCUGAUUUCUGCGUUUUUACCACGGGCUCAACUUUUGACACAUUUUGCUCGCUACGGAGGGAAAAGGAAGGAAGGGAGUAGCGUUUUUGACUGUUUCUGCUAUAAGGAAGGCAAAGGAAGGAAGGGAGUAGCGUUUUUGGUUGUUUCGGCUAUGAAGGGUAAAUAAUUCUGUGCCGUAUUGUCCUUUUGAAUUUUGCGAUAUAUUGUUUAUCGGAUUUAUCAGUCUUAUAGAGGUUUGCAACCAAAGUACUAAUAACAUAAACAAAUUCAAGAAGAUUAGAAAGAUUCACUAAAAAAUGUGAUGAGUUGAUAGUUACAGGGGAUGUUCGAGUAAGCAAAUAACUGCGGAAAUAUUGCAACCCUGAUGUUUUUUUUUUGCAGAUACUCAGCUGAUAUUUAAACAAAUAUUUUGCGCGGCGUGCAGGUGCAAUGAAGAAGUGAAGUUUAAGAAGUCUUAAAAAUGAAUUUUUAAUCAAUUUAACAGUGGAUAACUUGGUGGAUAGUGAGUGUAGUUUGCUUCUUAAAUACAAAAAAGCAAGGAAACAAAGUUUUUUGCGUAAAAAAGUGGCUUAUGACCGAAAUUUUAAAGAAGAGGGCAAUAGUAAAAUCGCAAAACUUCUUUAAAACAAUUCGAUUUUAUCCUCCAGAUAUAUAUUUAUCACAUUUUCGGAUGUCUCGUGAAACACAGUUAAUGAUAAUAAUUAGUUAUAAACAAAAAUAAAGAGCGAUUUCGCUUGCCUCAUUUUUUGCAUCACAGAUGUUUUGGAUGCCGAUUUUGUCACUUUUGCGAGCAAGAAAUGUCGAAAUUUGAGUUGCUCGAACGUUUGACAUUUGCAAAAGUUGCUACAUUUUUACGUCGAAUAUGAUGCUUUGCAAUAUUACCGCAGUGAUUGAGACUCGAACAUCCCCACACUGACAAGAUUUAUUUAAAUAAUUGUAGACAUAACCCAAAAACUCAUAAUUUCAUGCUAAACAGAACAAUUCUCGAAAAAACAUUACAUGUAAUGACUGUUCGUUACAAAUUUCAGCUCUUUGAGAUCCUCAAAUCACCUUUACAGUACAUUUAUAAACACAUGAAACGAGUAUUAGCAAAUACAGAAUAUACUUAAUACGUUUAACUUGAAGAAACGUUUAUAAUAUAUUCAUAAAUGGCAUUAUAUUGUUAAUCUCAAAUCAUAUAACACCCUAAGAAUAGCAUUAAGACAGAUACCACAAUUGUAUAACAUACAUACAUAUGUAGGUAGAUAAACUUGCGUGCGUAGAUAGUUUAUCCUUUAAACAGUUUACCAGUAGUAUUUAGCUGGUUGAUAUAUUUUCCAAUUCCAUUCGUAAUUAUUUCACGGUAAAGCUGCUCAAGUAAACACCAACAAUUUCAGUUCUUAUGCGCAUUUAAAACUAGAUAUGUGGUUCUAUAUUAAAGGCAAGAACAAUAAUAAAAAAAAUUAUUAAGAUUUGAACUGAUUAAUAUAGGCUUAUCAAUUUGUUUUUGUCGCAUGUAAUAUAUACAACAAAACAUAGUUUAUAUAUAAAGAUAUAAAUAUGCAUAUAAAUCUCAAUUUUUGAGCAUUUAUUAUCGAUUUAUAUAAGUAUAUAUUAGCAGAAGGUACCAACGCAAAUAAGGGUUUAAAUUAAUAUGAAAAACCUUAGUUUACUGCAUAAAUAAAACACAUAAAUGUUUCUAAAUGAAAUUUCACAUUAUGUUCAUCUGUAAAUGUAGUUAAUAGAAUAUUUUGAAAUGCACAUAUAUUUAUAAUAUAUGAAUAUAAACAAAAAUGAAUAAGCUAAAAGUAUACUAGCGAUGCACAUUUGCAGACUUUAGCACUAAGUGAAAUAUGCUUCGCCUAGGCAAGCAAAAAAAAAACCUUAAAAGUAUUUAAAUAAUUUUAUAUAUAUACACGUAUAAAAUAUAAAUUCUUUAAUUAUAGUAAAUAAUGUCUACUCAA